CGAGCGGGACAGUCAUUCACUCUGAAGGCUGUGGGGCCGGGCACAGGCAGCGCCAGCCCCCCACCCCCUCCUGCCCGCCUCGCACACCCUCGGAAGCGCAGGCUCGCGGCGCUAGGUUGAGGGGCUCCCCAGCACUGCAGCCUCAAGUCCUCAGCCUUCUGCACCUCCGGGCCUCCCUUACCCUCAAGAGGCAUCAGGAGUAGUCGCGGGGGGCCUCGGGAAAUUCCCAGGACCCCUGUGCCAGGAGGUGCCCGGCUCGCCCGCUCCCCACCCCACCCCCGAGGGCGGUGCCCGGGGGCGCUGCCCCAUGGAGCGGGGAGGCGGGCGCCGGCUGCUCCCGGAGCCCUGACCCGAGUCGGAGCUGUGUGUUCUGUGUCACAGCAGCCCCGACCCCUGCCGAUCAUGCGUCGCCGCCCCUGGUUCGCCAGUCCCACCGGGCUGUGAGCCCCCCAAGACUGUCCCAUCACGGCCAGCGCGCCAUGGGCAGCGCCCACCCUCGCCCCUGGCGGCGGCUCCCACCCCGGCCCCAGCCGCGGCCCGCGCUCUGGGCGCUCCUGCUCUUCCUACUGCUGCUGGCUGCCGCUGUGCCCAGGUCAGCACCCAACGAUAUCCUUGGCCUCCGCCUUCCCCCAGAGCCUGUACUCAAUGCUAAUACAGUGUGCCUGACAUUGCCUGGCCUGAGCCGGCGGCAGAUGGAGGUGUGUGUGCGUCACCCUGAUGUGGCUGCCUCAGCCAUCCAGGGCAUCCAGAUCGCCAUCCACGAAUGUCAACACCAGUUCCGAGAUCAGCGCUGGAACUGCUCUAGCUUGGAGACUCGAAACAAGAUCCCCUAUGAGAGUCCUAUCUUCAGUAGAGGUUUCCGAGAGAGCGCUUUCGCCUAUGCCAUCGCCGCCGCCGGGGUGGUGCACGCGGUAUCUAACGCGUGCGCCCUAGGCAAACUGCGGGCCUGUGGCUGCGAUGCAUCCCGGCGCGGGGAUGAGGAGGCCUUCCGUCGGAAGCUGCAUCGCCUGCAGCUGGACGCGCUUCAGCGCGGGAAGGGCCUGAGCCAUGGGGUUCCGGAACACGCUGCCCUACCCCCUGCCAGCCCAGGCCUGCAGGACUCCUGGGAGUGGGGCGGCUGCAGCCCCGACGUGGGCUUCGGGGAGCGCUUCUCUAAGGACUUUCUGGACUCCCGAGAGCCUCACAAAGACAUCCACGCGCGCAUGAGGCUCCACAACAACCGAGUCGGGAGGCAGGCGGUGAUGGAGAACAUGAGGCGAAAAUGCAAAUGCCAUGGUACGUCCGGCAGCUGCCAACUCAAGACGUGCUGGCAGGUGACGCCAGAGUUCCGCGUCGUGGGGGCGCUGCUGCGCAGCCGCUUCCACCGCGCUACGCUCAUUCGGCCGCACAACCGCAACGGCGGCCAGCUGGAGCCUGGCCCAGUGGGGGCACCCUCGCCAGCCCCAGGUACUCCGGCCCCACGCCGCCGAGCCAGCCCUGCUGACCUGGUCUACUUCGAGAAGUCACCCGACUUCUGCGAGCGGGAGCCGCGCCUGGACUCGGCGGGCACCGUCGGUCGCCUGUGCAACAAGAGCAGCACGGGCCCGGAUGGCUGCGGCAGUAUGUGCUGCGGCCGCGGCCACAACAUUCUGCGCCAGACGCGCAGUGAACGCUGCCAUUGCCGCUUCCACUGGUGCUGCUUCGUGGUCUGUGAAGAGUGUCGCAUCACCGAGUGGGUCAGCGUGUGCAAGUGACCGGCCCAGGCUCCUUGGGCGGGGGAAAGCUGUCCCUCCCACAUCUGGGCCCUCUGCCCCUUGGGGUCUCUACUGGGCAUCACUGCUUGUGCUCUUGGGACAGGAGGUUGGACUGCGGGAUCUUACAGGGUCUGCAGUCAGUGGAAGACAGUCCAGGCCUGUCUGACACCACCAUUCACUUCUAUGGGGCCUAGGAUUGAUUGUCCACCUCUUCCUGUCCUGAGCUCAGACUGCCCAAUGAAUCUGGAGAAUGCCCUACAUCCUAGCACAACUGUCAGCCAGGCAGCCCAGCCAGCAGGCCUGUCUCCCUUCUCCUGUAGCCUAGAGAGGGAUCGAUGGGACCUGAUACGCAGGGGAGAUAGACUGAAAAGAAGAAAUGGACCUAAGGAGAUUAAAUGAUUCCAUAAAGUCCGCAGACACCCUGCCCACUGGCCUCUGCCCCUUAUCCCCCUCACCAUUCAGGUAUCGGAUAUUUAUUUUGCACUCUCUUGGUGGCACUCCCUAGGGGGAGGAGAGGCACUGGAGACAAGGAUGUGAAUAAGAGAGAAACAGCACCCACCUUCUAGGAGUUUACAUUUUGCAGAGGGAGAUGGACAAAAGCAGUAAACACACACACACACACACACACACACACACACACACACAGUCAUUUCAGACAAUGUUA